AAAUUGAAAUAAUAUAAGACGAUUAAUUAAAAGGUGAGAUGAACGUUGCUGUAAUAUCUAUGUCAAAUCCUUUUUUAAAAUAGAAAAAUAAUCCAAUAGUCAGUUCGAAAUCGCCGUCGCGGUGGUCAGAUUCUCAGCAACCGCCGCCUCUUCCAUCCGUGAAAUGGAUUGAAUUCGUCGGAAUAUUAUCGUAAAUUCUGUAGGGGUGUUUAGAGGAAGAGGAGAAGGAAACCGAGCGCGACGGCGCGUGGCUUGGAGAUAAGACGAUGAUAACGCGAUCGAAUUUGGCGGAGCAGCUGAGGGAGUAUCAGAUUCGAUCUAAACACGAUUGGGCUUCCGUCUCCUUUUUCUCCUCCACCUCCAAUCUCACCUCUUCCAGGGUUGAUGUUGCGAUCUUUGUUAUAUGGGAGCUGGUUAUUCUAGCUUUCCUCGUCUUCUCAGCAGUUUCGUUAUAUUUUAGGCAUUUGAGGGUAGCUAUUAUCUUAUUCUGCAUUACCCUGAUAUUACUCUUAUUCAUGAAAAUUACCAAGCAGAUACGACUAACCCGGAAGAAGAAGCGAAGGAUGAUGCUUCCUUUAUCUAUGUAGAUGCCCAAUUUAUAUUAUUAUUUUUAUUUUUAUUUUUUUAACAAGAAAAUCAAUUUCUUCAUGUCGACUAUGAGAGUUAUUGACACUAUUGGCCAGCCUAUGGUUUUUUUUUUUUUUUUUUUUUUAUGAAUUUGUGGUACAUGUAAUUGUAAUUGACAGUUAAUCAUGUGAAAUUUGAGUGUAUGAAUUCAAGGAUUUUUUUUUCAGG